AUGGCCCGAGAGUUGCAGGCCGAGUUAAGCCCUAUGGCCGAGUGGGCACAAAGUGGGAGCAAGGCUUCGGUCGAUGCUUUGAUGAACAGCUGGUGCACCCGGCUGGAGAGCCUUGGCUCUCUGUCGUUAGGGCAAGCCAUGCAGAUGAAGCAGACGAUCCAGGAUCUGAGCUUCGAGAGCACCCUGUCAGAACGGUUGCUUGAAAAAGUUGAAGCCAAAGUUCUGGCAACGGCCACGGCUGCAACACCGCCGCCAGAUACUACAUAUACGCCUCACAAGCGAAAGGAGGAAAGCAAGCCGCAGACCUUGCUGAAGCCGGAAAACUUCAUCACGGUCACUGAGUGGUCUAUGCUGGAAAAGUCGCCAGCACCGGCAAGGCUGGAAAUCCUUCUGAAAAGGUAUCUGCAGCUGGGCCUGAGGAACCUCACAGAACAGACGGUCAAGAAAGGCCUGGCCUUCCUCUUGGCACUGGCAGCCGGCGAGCUCAGUCAGAUGCCGACAUAUGAAGAGAUCUACGAAGAGGUCCAGGUCUUCAAGAGAUCUUGGGAAUCCGUGAAAACGGAUGCAGAGCCGACUGAGGUCGGCCUGCUCACGUAUCCCGAUGACCCCAGCAGCUUGCCGAAGGCUCUGUUCGACCGAGCCUACAAGGCUGAGGACCCGCCCAUGGGCAAAGACGUGAGGGCUGGGAUCUGGCUAGCUCACAUUCCGAUGCGAUCUACUUCCAAGCUCUUGCAGAAGAACAAGAAGCAGAGGCUGCCGAGGCCAGAUGGCCAGGCCGCCGUGUCUGAGCAGCAUGCGAACGAGUUCCAGAGCCGCAUGGAGCAGUGCUUCGGGCGACUGGAAAGAAUGCUGGACCAGGGCUGCGGUCAGAAUGCCAUCCAGGAUGGUGGGCGAAGGGAGCUGCAGCUUGCUGCAGGCGCAAGCGAGCUGAGCAGCAGCAGUGCCGGGGUCGGCUUUGCUCUGGGCAACCCAGCCCAGCCGGUUUCGGCUGCGACACAGCAGACCUCGCCAGGGCGACAGUCGGCCUUGCAGCUAGCCCUGCCUCCAGCCGAAGAACCCGAAGCAACGGAGUCGCUCCCUGCCGAGAACGAUCUCGAGGACGAAGCUUUGUUCAAGAAGCUCAAAGAUCGCAAAGCUGGGAUUCUGAAGAAGCCGGCCGCUGCAGCUGCAGCGAGUGGCCAAGGAAACUUGGCAAAGAACAAGACAAAAACGAAUGGCCAAGGCCAAGAUCCAAAGAAGAAGGGCAGCGGCAAAGGCAAAGGAAAGCCCAAGGACAAGAGUGCUUCGAAGAAAGGCCAAGGCAAAGCAAAGGAGCAGCAAGCCCAAGGCUCGCAUGGAAAGCGGAAGUUCCAAAUUGUCUGGGAGGACGGCUGCAUCCAGAAGAACUAUGCUUCUCGCAUGCACAAGCGAGCCGGAACGUGGGCAAAGCAGCAAGGCUUCUCGGAGCAGCAAGUGGUAGAGUGCCAGCGAGAGGCCCACAGAGAGGCCAUUCUGCUGUGGAAGAAGAAGAACGGCUGCUAA